AAAAUGAAUGGAAAUGUUGAAACGAAUAGAGAGAUGCGAAUAUUCUAGCUGUAGAUCGAGCUGAAAAAGUCGUAUGUUGAUGAAGAAGGGGUUUCGGAGUUGAUUUUGUAGUCAAACACUGAACUUCUCAGCCAGUCUCUCUUUGACAUUUACUGCUCACUCUAUUGAUCACCAUUAAUCAUCAUCAUCCUUCCAUCUGGAUCAAUCUGGACAAAGCAGCGGAUAUCACACACAACAAUGGCUGCCGCCAGAUUCCGCACCGUGUUUGACGUGUCGGGACUGGCGCGACCGAAUUGGUUCCCAGGCCACAUGGCGCGCGGCAUGCGUGAGAUUGCGCGCAACCUGCAGCACAUUGACUAUGUGAUUGAGGUCCACGACGCUCGGGUUCCCGUCUCGGGUCGCAACCCACUGCUCCAGGCGCUGCAAAAGCCAUCCACGCUUCUGUUGAACAAGAUGGAUCUCGGCGAUCCGGCCGUCAACAAGAUAGCGAAGGCUCGAUUGCAUGAAAUCAAUCCACGUCACAACGUCGUGUUGACAAGCGCAACGCUGCGGCUGGAGCGCGCACUCACGCUCGUCGUCGACCACAUUUUGGCAAACGUGCCGGCCGAGCGCGCAGACAAGGACGGCGAGGGCAUUCACGCAAUGAUUGUGGGCAUGCCGAACGUGGGAAAAUCGUCCACCAUCAACGCGCUGCGCAGAUUGCUCACGGGCGAAGGUGCACGCGCCAAGGUUGGCCCCAUCCCCGGCAUCACACGCGCCGUCAUGCAGCCGCUACACAUUUCGCGUGAUCCCAAGAUUAUGCUGAUUGACACACCCGGUAUCAUGGCACCACACAUUCCAAACGUCGAGGUCGGGCUCAAACUCGCCGCAGUCGGCACAUUUAUCGAUCACCAGGUCGGAGAGGCGUUGAUCGCCGACUACAUCCUGUUCAGCCUCAACCUGCGCCGCAAGUUUGACUAUGUCAAGCGGUACAACAUGGACCAGCCGUGCGAUGACAUUAACGUCUUCCUGUCUGCACUUGCCCAGCACUCUGGACUCGUGCUCAAGGGAGGCUUGCUAAACACGACUCUAGCAGCUGCGCGAUUCAUCAAGGACUACCGAGAGGGAGCGCUCGGGCGCUUGACACUCGACGAUGCUAUUGUCGAAGGAGGACUUCCUGCUAUUGUCGCCGCACAAACCGCUCAAGCAAGCAGUCCAAAGGCGAGCGAGCAGGCGCGUCUUCCUCCGCUGGACGAAGAAAACUGGAAUCCUGUCGACGCCUUCGAUCGGUUACGGGCAGAAGAAAAGCGCCUCCGGGGCUUCAAGCGAAGGCGAUGAGACGUGUUGUGCGCAGGCGCCUUGGAGAAUCGAAAAAAAAAGAAAAGAAAUAAAAAGAGU